AUGGGUACUCAAAAGAAGGAAAAGCAAAGAAGAGUCAGACAAAAUGACACCAGAGACGGAAACCUCCGUGUGAAGGGUGAAAACUUUUACAGAGAUGCUAAGAAGGUAAAACAUUUGCAGAUGUACAAGUCUGGUAGAGCAGUAAGAAAUGCUCAAGGUGAGAUUGUUCAAGCUGCUGCAUUGCAGAGUACGGAUGCUCCUACUGCCAGAGUUGAUCCUAACAGAAAGUGGUUUGGCAACACCAGGGUAAUUGCUCAGGAUGCAUUGACCCAUUUCAGAGAAGCUAUGGGUGACAAGAAACAUGAUUCGUACCGAGUUUUGUUGAGAAGAAACAAGCUUCCCAUGUCACUUUUGGAUGAAAAGGACCAAACCGAGUCACCUACUGCUAAGAUUAUCGAAACCGAGUCUUUUCUGCUGGCUUUCGGUCCCAAGCAACAACGUAAGAAGCCAAGAGUAGCUGCUUCUAGUUUAGAAGAUUUGGCCCAGCUGACGGAAACGGAAGCUACUGAAUUUCAGGAAAAGCAGGAACUCAAUUCGACCUUGGGCUUAAUGGGAGGUUCUUUCCUUGACAAAGAAGACUUUACCCAGGAGGCAAAGGAGGCCAUUUUUCACAAGGGUCAAUCCAAGAGAAUCUGGAACGAGUUAUACAAAGUCAUCGACUCUUCCGAUGUUGUUAUUCAUGUCUUGGAUGCUAGAGAUCCCUUAGGAACAAGAUGUGAAUCCGUAGAGAAAUAUAUCAGAGAUGAAUGUCCACAUAAGCACUUGGUCUAUGUGUUAAACAAGUGUGAUUUAGUUCCCACUUGGGUUGCAGCUGCAUGGGUUAAGCACUUAUCGAAGUCAUAUCCAACGUUGGCAUUCCAUGCUUCCAUCACCAACUCUUUUGGUAAGGGUUCGUUGAUUCAAUUGUUGAGACAAUUUUCUACUUUGCAUUCAGACCGUAAACAGAUUUCUGUAGGUUUCAUUGGUUACCCGAAUACCGGUAAGUCGUCGAUUAUCAACACUUUACGUAAGAAGAAGGUGUGUACUGUGGCUCCAAUUCCUGGAGAAACCAAGGUUUGGCAAUAUAUCACGUUAAUGAAGAGAAUUUUCUUGAUCGAUUGCCCUGGUAUUGUUCCACCUUCUUCUAAGGAUACCGAGUCAGACAUUCUCUUCAGGGGUGUCGUCAGAGUGGAACACGUUUCCAAUCCUGAACAGUAUAUUCCAGACAUGUUGCUGAAGUGUGAACGUAAACAUUUGGAAAGAACCUACGAAAUCCACGGCUGGAGCAAGUUUGAAGACGAUGCUUCUCUUUUGGAGAAUGCUAGUACCGAGUUCAUCGAAUUGAUUGCCAGAAAGCAAGGUAGAUUGCUUAAGGGUGGCGAGCCAGACGAAAGCGGUGUUGCUAAGCAAAUCUUGAACGAUUUCAACAGAGGAAAAAUUCCUUGGUUUGUUCCUCCACCUAAGGAUACCGAAGAAGAAAGAACCGGUACCGACAACAAGGCUGGCUACAAGAGAAAGAGAGCUGAAAAAGAAGAAAGAGAAAACAAGAAAGCGAAGGUUGAAGAAGAAGGACAGCAACAAGAAGAAAGUCAAGCCGAAGAAGAGUGGAAGGGUAUUGAAGACUAA